CCAAUGCUGGUAGCAAAGCUAAGUUUUAUCGAUUUGGUAUGGCCAAAAAGUUUGAAGUUAAGUCAAGUUUAGUUUUUGGUUUUAGUCGCAAACGAACCGCGUCAACGAAGCAACUAUCUAUGCGCAUGCGCACUAAUAAACAUUCAGAAGGAAAUCAACGAAUUAAGAGAUAUUGCAAACAAAGAUAUCGAACACAUAAGUAACUGUAUUACAAAAUCUAUUGACUGGUGUUAUAAAUUUAUACAUACAUACUCGUACUAAAUAUGUACACACAUAUAUCAAAUAAAGUUAAAUUUUUCUCAUUUUUAAACUUUGAUUGAGCUCAGUGGUUCAGUGUUAUGAGGACGAUGAAGUGACCGAGUGUCUGUCGGUGAAUGCGCUUAGCAUUUAACUUUAAUUACUUUAUAAAAUGUUCGUAUUUUUUUUUAAGACGAGUAUUAAGUGAUUCGAUUUGAAAAGAGUUGCUAAUUGUAGUUGAGGUCAGUGUGACCUUAGUUGGGCCUUUGGGCCAGAUAUGUAUGUACGUACAAGAAAACCAAAACAAAAACAAAAACAGGUAUUUAUAAGAGAAAGAGAAACAAAUUAAAAUAAUAAUACAGAGGCAAUAAUAAAUAAACCAUAACAACAAAACUCGACAAUCAGACUGUCGAAUGGAAAAAUGAAAGUACAGCAAGUGUUGCAGCCACAUUGGCUCUCGUUCAUCUACUCCAUAGCCAUUGUUAUUGCCGCCGUUGCUGAUUACGCAAGCGCACUGCAACAGCCACCGCCACAACUGGAGCCACAAGCACAGCGUAAGCAAGAGCAGCCAACAACUCGGUUCCAAAAACAACCUCAACAUGCGGAAGUGAACCAUACCGCAGGUGAAUCGUUGAGUUUUGGCUCAAAAAUUGUUGAAUAUCCUGUCGCCAAGCUAAAUAGUAGUAGCUCUACUGCUAUCAAUGCUACCCACCAUGAAAAGCAAACAACAAGUGUUAACAAAGAAAAACAACAACCACAGAAACAGCAACAAACAAUCAUACAUGCAUCAGAUACGACGAAUGUUGCAUCAGCGUCAAGGGUUGCACGGCGCUAUGAUGCACCCAUCGUUCCAGACACUCAACUAGUUGCUCAAUAUGACUUGCCGCUGGUGAAAAAAAAUCGUCGGACUAACAACAGCACAGCAAAUUCAUCUACGACGACUCCCUCAGUGAUAUCCAGGUCAAAGCAGCAAGCUACAAAUUCGCGUUCAAACUCACGAGAUGCUCUUUCAAUUGCGGCAUCGUUGGGUCAGCGUUCCAAUUCUUUAGGUUCCCAAGCACAAAGCGACCGACAGCAGGUAGCAAAUCGUGCUGGCAAUUCAAAUGUUGCCAGUGGGGCGAGGCAGAAAGCGCGGAGGAGGGAUGAUAGGCGUAGUGGAGUUGGCGCUAAUCAACAAUCAUCUUUGCCAUCAGUUGGCACUGGAAGUCGGAGGGAAGUGAAUAAAUCGCGAAAAGAUGUGAGUGCAACAAAUUCAGCGCCGAGUGCAACAACGACUACUUUGACUUCAACGUCGGCUUCCACACCUACUACAUCCGUGGCUGUUCGCCCACCAUCGUUCACCAAUAGUAUUCCGAGCAAUCCUUUCAGCUUUUUCUCUCCUACACUUUGGGGCCUCUCCAGUCCACCCAAGGCGUCUUCAACUAAAAAACCACCAAAGAAAUAUACACCUUCACCACCAAUUGUAACUUCAACGACACCGAUUAAAGAGAAGAAAACUACUUAUCAAAAAGCAAAAGUUACCACAACAGUUCCAACAUUAUCUAAUGAGAUUCAAACAACCACAGCUGCACCGAAAAAGAGUACGACGGAUGGCCCAUUCCGUAUUGCGUUGCCCACCUUCAAUUUAUUUAAUGCGCCGUCCCAAAGGUCAAACGAACCGAUUAGCGAAAAAGACAAACGCAAUAUAGCGCAAAAUUUGCGCAAUCAAUUCGAUUGUCCACGGGAGAGUGAGGUACGUUUUCAACUCUUUCCCAAAAUCUGUAAGACCGAUGAGGAUUGCACCGUUUGGAAUCGCGAUGAGUUGUGCUGUGAAAUAUUUGGUGCAAAAAGUUGUGUUUCCGGUGUAUCCAAGCCACUUGAAGAGACUUCGCAUACACCUAUUUUGGGCUUGAUACCCCGUAAAUGCCCAACCCGACCACUAGCCGAGCUGUGGUGGCAAGUACAGGAGUGCGAAACGGAUACGGAUUGUUGGCCACGGGUUUGCUGUCCGGACGGCAAUAAGCGUUACUGUAGAACUUCGCAGCCGGAAUUGGAGACGGUACCAGUACCGGUGAAACGUUCGUUUAACUAUCUGUCUGAGUACCUUGAAUGCACGCCACCACCGCCGCCUAUUUUCGAUCUACAUCCAAAGACUUGUGCGUCAACUCUGGACUGCUUUCCCAAUGUUUGUUGCCAGGAGGCAGGCUUACGGCAUUGCCGUCCACCUAAAAAGUCUUUACUCACUUUGAUGGCGAAUUUUUUGAAUGUUGAUUUCGUCAAAAAGCUUGCACAAAAUAUCGUCAUAAAGUGAGGUUACUAAGUAAUUAAGGCAAACAUAUUUGCUCAAAAUCAAUUCGGAUUUUCCAAAAGAUGUAUUGUUUUCGCGAUCAAGUGAUAUGUACAUAUUUAUGUAAUUAUGUAGAAUAU